UAGUUCGGCCUAAAGUCGCCCCGGGAACGGCAACCUCCGGCUCCCCCUGUUUGUGUCCCACUGAGACAGUUCUGGGGCUCUCCCGAGGAGGGUACAAACCCGGGGCGGAGGGUGUUGAGUUGCGGUUCUGGCCACUGACAAGUUAGGCCGGCCGCUGUGAGCUGCGGGCAGGAAGGGGAGGGCCUAGCGGGGCAAAGGGGAGCGGGGCGCCGGCCCAGGGCUGUGUCGGAAAGCUACUUCACUGCGCUGUCCAGCCACUCCCGCCCCGAGCUCUGGCCGGGGCGUCUGGUAGCUUCUGCGCCUACCCCCGAGGCUGAGCCCGCAGCGCCUUCCCCAGAAUGUCCCAGCCGGGUAGGAAGCCCGCCGCCUCCCCCAGGCCCAGGCGCGCUGCAGCAGACCGCCACACCCAAGAGAAUGUUAACAAAAAGAAUUCUGGAUCAUCCUCUAAAUCAGGAGAAAAUAAAGGAUCAGAUGAGAAAAAAGCAGCCAGUUUGGGGAGCAGUCAGCCAUCCAGAGUCCAUGCUGGUGGAGCUGCCACAGCCACCAAGGUGCCUGCUUCCUCGGCUGCAACCAGCAAGUUUCCCAGUAUGAGUACCACAGAAGCUAAGGCCAUUCCAGUCUCCAAACAGAUGGAAGGACCACAUUCACAUGACAAGAAAAGGCACAGGAAACAGGCUGUGAAAACAGAGUCUGAGAAGUCACAAUCAAGUAAGACCCCAAACUUUCCGAAGCAUGCAUCAGAUACAGGAAGUAAACAUGUUCAUAAAGAAAAAGAAGUUUCCAGAUCAAAUGAGAAGAUGGUGUCAGAGAAAUCAACAGAACCAAAGACAAAAUCACAAGGUGUUUCUUCUGCUGCUGGUGGGGGUGUGGCUGCUGGUGGGACUGUGACUGCAGCAUCGGAGAAGGCAGAUGACAAGAAGAAAGAAAAGAAAUCAUUGACGCCAGCUUCACCAGUGGAGUCCAAAGUAAACAAGCCCUCUGACAAGUCAGACAUGGAUGCUUUAGAUGACCUGAUAGACACUUUAGGGGAACCUGAAGAAACUAGCAAAGAUGAUUCAUGGUACACUGGACCAGAAGUUUUGGAUCCAAUGGAUUCUACCUACCUGGAGCCACUGGGUAUAAGAGAAGGAACUAUUCCUCCAGAGUACAGGGAACUUCUGGCUAAAAAAGAAGGCAUCACAGGACCUCCUUCAGACUCCCCUAAACCCAUGGGACCUGAUGAUGCUAUAGACGCCUUGUCUGCUGACUUCACCUGUAGUUCUCCGACUGAAAAGCAAGCUAAGGAAGAGAAAUCUACAGGUGAGGUUUCUAAAGCUCAGUCGGCUGGAGUGACCAGAAGUGCUGUGCCUCCCCAGGAGAAGAAAAGGAAGGUGGAAGAGGGUGUCAUGAGUGAUGAAGCCCUGCAGGCCCUGUCAGAGUCACUGGGCACCCGGCAGCCAGACCCUGAGUGCCACAUUAGCCAAGACGACCAAGUCAAAGAGGCAAAAACAAAAGAAGAAAGGAAGGAGAAAUGCGGUGAGGAUGAGGACACAGUCCCCUCUGAGUACCGGUUAAAGCCAGCUGUGGAUAAAGAUGGAAAACCACUAUUGCCAGAGCCUGAAGAAAAGUCUAAGCAGCUGAGUGAAGCAGAGCUGAUAGGGCAGCUUUCAGAAGAUUUCGGCCGAUCCACAUAUCAGGACAAACCAUCUGUACCAGCCGAGAAAACAGAAAAAUCAAAGGACACAUCCCCUACUGUGUCUGAGACUGUGCCUCAGGCCUCCAUGUGCAGUAUUCUGGUGGCACCACCCAAAACAGCCUCAAAGAAGGACAUGGUGCCAGAUGAUGCUGUGGAAACCUUGGCUGGAAGCCUAGGGAAAAGGGAAACAAAUCCAGAAGAUGAAAAACCUGUGGUGGAUAAAGUUAAGGAGAAAGCUAAAGAAGAAGACAUUGAGAAACUUGGCGAAAAAGAAGAAACAAUUCCUCCUGACUAUAGACUAGAAGAGGUCAAGGAUAAGGAUGGAAAACCACUCCGGUCAAAAGAGUCCACAGAACAACUUCCACCCUUGAGUAAUGAGCUCCUUCUUGAUGCCUUGUCUCAGGACUUCUCCAGUCCGGCAAACAUAUCGUCUCUUGACUUUGAUGAUGCCAAGCUUUCUGCUGCCAUCUCUGAAGUAGUUUCCCAGACUCCUGCUCCUAGCACCCAUGCAGCAGUCCCACUACCUGACACUGAGCAUGGAGACAAAGAACUCAAUGACGCAUUGGAUGAACUCUCUGACAGUCUUGGGCAAAGACAGCCUGACCCAGAUGAGAACAAACCAGUAGAUGAUAAAGUAAAGGAAAAAAUUAAAGCAGAACAUAAAGAGAAACUGGGAGAAAGAGACGACACCAUCCCACCUGAGUAUCGGCAUCUUCUGGACAAUGAUGGGCAGGACAAACCAGAGAAGCCACCUACAAAGAAAUCAAAGAAGCCUGCUCAUGACCAGGACCCCAUUGAUGCCCUCUCUGAAGAUUUGGAUAGCUGCCCCUCAACUGCAGAGACCUCACAGAAUACAGCAAAGGAGAAGAGCAAGAAGACGGGUUCAAGUUCCAAAGCACCCAAGAAUGGAGUGAAAACAAAGAACUCGUCCAAGAAGACAGAAGAAGCAUCCAGUCCAAAGGCUGACAAAAAGGAAAGUUAAAGUUACACAUUUGGGUAUCUGAAUAAAAAUUUUUCAACUGGUGGAUGGUGAUUUGAAGAACAAAGGCUUUGGUGACAGUUUUUUUGGGUGGCUUCUAGACAGUGAUAUUUGUGAUGUCUUUGGACAUCUUAAACACUGGUUUGUUAUUAUUUUUCAAAAAGAAAAUGAAUUUCUCUGGUUCACCUGUGUUGCUAUAUCAGUAUGGAUAAACUUCAAAGAUUUUUAAUUACUUUUAGGUGGGAGAAGGAAGCUUUAUAUUUGUAAGAAACAUAUUUCAUAGUUUCUUAAGACACCAAAAAAAAAAAAAACAGAAAACCUUUGCAAACUUUUGCACAUUAUACGUU